GUGACGACACUGCGAGGGGAGCCUUUCUCGCAGAGCAGUGCUUCUGGGGUUUUCGGCGCAACUACACUGGCAGAGGAAGAGGAACACUCUUUGACUAACAACUCGACGAAGAAGGGAGGACCAGUUGUAGUUGCUUCCACUGAAAGCAGGGUCUCUUCUAAGUCAAAGCUUGUAGAGGAGAACUACGGACCUCCUGUUACUGGUACAACGAGUAAGACCUCCGGCCAUCCUGGGACUCUUUUAGCAGGUCGUGGUGGAUUGAAGCAUUCUGUUACCUUCGUGCCCGCUCCUCCGCUCCCGCCAGACGAGGAUAGGCGUAUCGCGCAACCUCGACGCAGCUCUUCCAGGAGCACUACAGCAGAACCUUUGCCUCCGCCACUGACAGCAGCAAGCGCACAGGAGAGGCAAAACGAGCUAGCCGCAGAUCCUGACGCAGAUAUCCGAGAAGUAAG